AUGCCUUCCAAGCUCAACAUUUUCUCCAAGGGCUCCCGUCCCAAGUCCGGCAAUGCUGCCGACUACGCAAGGCUACAGGAUCCCCGCGGCUCCACCGAGUCAUCAGCGCCCUUGACCGAGUCUGUCGACCUCGCAGAAGAGAAGCGCAAGGCUCGGGAGGCCAUGCGGCAAAAACAAGCUGAGGAAUUUCUGGCAAAACAAGGCUACGCGGCCACCUUUCCUGGCUUCCCGCAAUACAGAACGUAA